CAGGCUGGGUGCUGUGGACAAUCUUAUAGCCGUUCCUGGUCCCUUGACCCGACGUCCCGUUCGAGAACCUCAAAAAGAUACACCACUUUCAUCUGUGUUAUAGACCCUAAACUCGUGACUCAGUAUCCCCUAACUUCAUUCUGACUCCUGGAACCGACUUAGGCUAGAUAAUACCUAUCGACGUGCGCUAUCAGACGUAGUAGUGUAUUACUACACAAUCCGCAACUUAUCAAGCUCAAUUCUGCGCGACCAAGACAUGACGGUCAUCUACAAGACUGGCGAAGACGCCCGCCUGGCCUUUCGGUCCGGCACCUUCACCUCGACGACGUCCGGCCAGGCCCCCACAUACCUCCAAGCGAACCUCAUCAUCCUCCCGCAGCGGUACGCCGACGACUUCCGGCUGCUCUGCCAGCGGAACCCCGUGCCGUGCCCGCUGCUCGCCGAGUCGGCGAGCCCCGGCGACUACAAGCGGCUCAAGUCCCAUGUCCGCAGCCACGACGGCAGCAAGGUCCUGCCGGUGGCCGACAACAUCGACCUGCGGCACGACUUCCCUCGUUUCCGGGUCUACGAGGACAGCAGACACGUCCCGGUCGACGGCGUCCCAGAGCCGGUCGACGUCGCGGACAAGUGGCUGGACGGCGACCACGUGGGGUUCCUCAUCGGGUGCUCGUUCAGCUUCGAGAGGGCCCUCUGCGAGGCCGGGCUCGCGCCGCGGCACCAGCUGCACAACCGCUCGGUGGCCAUCUACCGGACCAACAUCCCGCUGUGCGCCGCGGGCGUCUUCUCGGGGGCCACGUACGUCGUCUCGAUGAGGCCGUACAGGCCCUCGGAGAUCGAGAGGGUGCGCGACGUCACGAGGCCCUUCGUCGCGACCCACGGCGAGCCCGUGGCGUGGGGCUGGGACGGCGCCGAGAGGAUCGGCAUCGAGGACAUCACGAAGCCGGACUGGGGCGACGUGACGCUGCAGCUCGACGGGAAGGGCGUGUUCGGGCCGGACGACGACGAGUACGUGCCGGUGUUUUGGGGCUGCGGCGUCACGCCGCAGGAGGCUGUGAUGCGGGCCGGUCUCAAGGGGACGGUGAUGGGGCAUGCGCCCGGGCACAUGACGGUGUUGGAUGUGAGAGAGGAGGAGAUCUUUCCCGUUUCGUAAAUCGUAACCCGAAGACUUGAUGACGGGAAGAGGCAUCGGAAGGGGGGAAAGUGGGUUUCGGGUAGAGAUAUAAUGGAGUCGAUCUAGGAUUAUUCCCGAAUAGCAAAUGUUUCUACCAAUCCAAGAUGUACUUCAAAAAGGAUCUCCCAAGAUCAUCGCCGAGAAACAAGUAGCCCUUAACAUCUCAGU